CUGUUAACAGUUCACCCAGAACAAAACCUCCCACUUUUUUUCGCUUUGAGUUCUGAGCUCUAACUUAUCUAAUAGCUUUUCUUUCAUUUCUGAUGGCAGCUUUAAAGCCUCUCAUUACCUUCAACAGUACCAAGUUAGAUGUGUUGCUACAUGUAAUUGUCAAAUGCUCGAGAUUUUGCCGAGUUUGCAUGUCACAUUCACCUGCAAUGUCUUAGAGUGUGAACUUCUACCAAAAUGUCUUUCUUUGCUUUUGUACAGUCCGUAACACAAGGGGAGUCUAAUCUUGUUUGGUUUUUGGUUAUUAUUCUACCUACUUAGCUCUUCAUCUUUUACUUCUUUUUAAAAGUUUGUCUCUACCUUUUUUCUCCUUUCCAUUGUUAAAUGUGGAAUUACUUGAUGCAGAUCUCAUUUGCUUAUCAUACUUAUUUAGCUUAUGACCCCUAGAUAGGAGGCUUGUGAAAUAUCUUUCCUUUUUGCUAGCAGCUGCUUUAAAGUCUGAAGUCCUCCUCAAACAAGUUUUGCCAGCUGUUUCAAAUCACUCAUUCGACCUCAUUCCUAUUUCAGUUUUCUUUCAAGGCAGCUGUGUUUGAUCUUCUUGCCCAGCAUUCCAGGUACUCCUUGCCUGUAAAUCAUGUUGGUGUGUUACCUUUGCCACUGUGGCUACUCCUGAUGUGCAGGGAAGUAAUCCACAACAAUUCCUUUGGUUUUGCCUUUUGAAUGUUUCUCAUCUCCAGGGCAGGGUGGGCAGAAAGCUCUGGCCUUUUCCAUGUGCUCUGAGGAGAUAUGCUGACUUUAUUCCGUGGUGUCUGACAUACACUGAAUUUUGUCUUUGCCUUGGACAAAGCUACUUCUGUAAAAAACACUGAGUGUUUCCUGAAUUCUCUUUUUGCUUGGGUUCUUUUAAAUCAUUACACUCCCUUUCAGUCUGAUGAGGAAUAGAUGGGACUACCCACGGGAGGCCUGACAACACAGUCCCCUUUUGCUCUCUGAAGACAGGUGCUGUUCUUUGGAUUUGGGUGGCUCUUCUUCAUGAGAAAGCUCUUCAAGGAUUAUGAGGUGCGACAGUAUGUGGUCCAGGUGAUCUUCUCUGUGACUUUUGCCUUCUCUUGUACCAUGUUUGAGCUCAUCAUCUUUGAGAUUUUGGGAGUGCUGAACAGCAGCUCUCGAUAUUUUCAUUGGAAGCUGAACCUGUGUGUUAUUUUGCUCAUCCUAAUCUUCAUGGUGCCCUUCUACAUUGGUUACUUUGUUGUGAGCAAUAUCAGAUUAUUGCACAGACAGAAACUGCUUUUUGCGUGUGUUGUGUGGUUGACGUUCAUGUAUUUCUUCUGGAAGCUGGGGGAUCCGUUUCCUAUCCUCAGCCCAAAACAUGGAAUCCUGUCUAUAGAACAGCUCAUCAGCCGUGUUGGUGUGAUUGGGGUGACACUCAUGGCUUUGCUGUCAGGAUUUGGGGCUGUCAACUGUCCAUACACUUACAUGUCCUACUUUCUCAGGAAUGUGACAGAUGCAGAUAUUCUGGCUCUGGAGCGACGACUCCUUCAGACUAUGGACAUGAUUGUUAGCAAGAAAAAAAGGAUAGCAGUGGCUCACAGGACAAUGUUCCAGAGAGGAGAAGUGCAUAACAGACCCACUGGCUUCUGGGGAAUGAUAAAAAGUGUUACAACAUCUGUUCCUGGCAGUGAAAAUCUGUCCCUUAUCCAGCAAGAAGUGGAUGCCCUGGAAGAAUUGAGUCGGCAGCUUUUCCUGGAAACUGCUGACUUGCAUGCAACAAAGGAGAGAAUAGAGUAUUCCAAAACUUUCCAGGGAAAAUACUUUAACUUUUUGGGUUAUUUUUUCUCCAUCUAUUGUGUCUGGAAAAUCUUCAUGGCAACCAUCAAUAUUGUAUUUGACCGUGUGGGGAAGACUGAUCCAGUCACAAGAGGAAUUGAGAUCACUGUAAAUUACCUGGGAAUCCAGUUUGAUGUCAAAUUCUGGUCUCAGCACAUUUCCUUUAUUCUUGUUGGAAUAAUCAUUGUUACCUCUAUUAGAGGGUUGUUAAUCACACUUACAAAGUUCUUCUAUGCCAUUUCCAGCAGCAAGUCUUCCAAUGUUAUUGUUCUGCUGUUAGCACAGAUAAUGGGAAUGUACUUUGUGUCGUCAGUGCUGCUGAUCCGCAUGAGCAUGCCUCCGGAAUACCGCACCAUCAUCACCGAGGUCCUGGGAGAGCUCCAGUUCAACUUCUAUCACCGUUGGUUCGAUGUGAUAUUCCUAGUUAGUGCCCUCUCCAGUAUCCUCUUUCUCUAUUUAGCACACAAACAAGCCCCAGAAAAGCAUAUGGCCCUCUGAGGCAGAGCUGCAGCACUGCACUGCUCUGUGUCCUGUCAGCCGCGCCGCUGCAGCUCCUGUGCAUUGCAGGACUUGAUGGGACGGGACUGCUCUGUGUGUUCUGGCCCCUUGAACCUCCACACGUGUCAUCAUCAAGCUCUGUGGCUCAUUUUGUUCAGUGCCACAGCUGGAAGGGAUGGGGAUGUGUGUGUUAAACUUGAAACAGUCAAUUGCCAGGCAAUAAAAGCAAUGCUGGAUACACCACUAUCCAGUGGCGUCAGAGCUUGUGUGGUAGGCUGGCUGAGGGAGCACCUCCUGCUGUUGGAACAUCAUCUUCACAGAAGGCACCGAGAAAUGUGAUUUUUCUUUCAAAAAUCAACUUAUAAUUGGGAUUUGGAGGACUGCAGUUCUGGAACUGAAUAUUUGAGUCUGUGGAAUUAAAUAAGCUUUUGUAAUAUGCAAGUAUCACGGUUGUUUUUUGUCAGUCCCAAAGAUUUGGCUGGAUUUGAGCCAGAAGGUGGUUGGGAUUUGCAGUUCCAGCAGGAGUGGAGUGGAGAGAACUCCAUUUCUGUAUAGUGUGUAUCACUAGUACCUACUAUCCUUAGGAACUGGAGAUUUGCUUUCUCUUUCUGAGUGUCAACUUUCUUUUCUCUCUCUGCAAAAGUGGAACUGAGGUUUUGGGUUCCUCUUUGGUAGAGUUCAGUGUUAAGUUGAAGACCACUGCCAUGCCUUGUUUACAUUGUAUGUUAGGAAUUUUAUUAUUGUGACUUAAACUUUCAGGUUCUCAUGGCCACUUUUUCAGGCUUUGUUUUAUAAUUGUUCUGGAACAUAAAUUGUAGGUGGUAAGAGUAAGAUUUGGAGGGGGGAAAAUAACCACUCUAAACAAUUUAUUUCUGUAUUGUCUUUGGUGUACAGCAAGGAAGCAAAGUGCACAGCAGCAGUAUUACAGAGCCAUUUGUGUCCCAUUCAGGACAACAUGGUGGUGACUUGGGGUUAGACAAACAUGCAUGACUGAAUUACAUCCACACCUGUAUGCAGAGGAGACAAACUAGUGAUUAAACUUCUUGAGUUGUGAGUUACAAAGUUAGCUUAAUGUUCGAAGGAAGCUUCUGCAAUGUUAGCAGGACAAAGGAUCAUAAUGCACAGGGUAGCUGGGCUUAUGCCAUUUCAGAGCAGCUGUACUGCUGUAAGCAAAGAUGCCACAGAGAUUGAGGUGAUGGCCUUGGAGAGCUCCUUUUCCUGGGAAAUGGGCAGAAAUCAAUUGCUCUUUAUUAAGAGCUCAUCCAUAACAGCUUAAGAUGCUUACAAAUCUAUAAAACAUUUCCAGCUUCUGCUGCAGGACAUUUAAUUAUAAAGUUGCAUUUCUUUAGGCCUUUUCAGAAGUGACUGAGUGCCCAUUCCACGAGGCAGAAAUUGUGCCAGUGGAGCAGCAGUUGCAGGGUGUUAAAUGGAUGGAUGCAAGUUACACUGAAGUGUUUAUUGCAGCAAGGCUUUGCAGUCCUUUAUGGUUCUGGUACUCCUUGGAACAGCCAAGUUCUGAGAGGUGGAAUAGCAAAGAAGAACUGAAGAAAAGAUUUGGCAGGUUUCUUUUUUGUUGCUCUUGGCAUAGUUUUGUCUCUUCACAACUUUGUGUCAUCACUGUUGUCACUGUCAGCUCUUGUGGAGGCUGCUGACUGGGAGGAGGAGGAGGAUGAGUCUGCCUGCAGAGGAGUAACAAAGAUGUUGUGAUUAUUUUCAGUUUGUAAACAUGUUUGAUAGUCUGCACUGUUGCAGACUCCUGUUUUCAUCUGCACUAAUCACACACUUGUUUAGAUGACAGAAUGAACCAACAAAUACCAUUUUUGUUGUUGAAGGGUUUUUUUGGUUAAGUACAUUUUCAGAGAAUUUUGUUCAAUAGAGGGUUUCUAUUGUUGAAUUCCCAUAUCUGCACAAUUUGAACACAAAAGUAGUGCUGACUUCUGCAAAAUGCAGCUUGGGUGCUAAGACAUUCUUGAAAAAACUUGCAGGCAAGGCUCAUGAAAAAUAAACGGGAAACACAAUUGGUCUUACCUUGUCUGUCUCUUUUGCAUGAUCAGAAAAUAAGCAUUUUAAUAUUUAAGGCAGACCACAGAGGGUUUAAACUGUUUCAAGAACAGUUUUUCUGACUUCUUGUUUUUCUGACUUCAGUCAUGCUUUGGAUUCUUUCUAGUGUAAAAUAAUUUCAAAGCAGCACAUUGCCUAGAAAAUGUCAUAACCUAUCACUUGCUGUUCCUUCUCCAAAGGGAUCCAUUUUGAAAUAUUUCGUGUGGUUUUCACAAACAUUGGUUAUGUUUUCUGUUUAAGCACUGUUUGUUUUAUUGAAGCACUUUCACCUCCACUGCCACAAUUGUAUUGCCUGUUUCCCAUCAUUGGGAUUACUGUAUUUGGAUUAUCUUGUUCCAUAAAAUCUCUUGUACGUGCAUUCUUUGUGUGAUUUAAUAUUGCAUUAAAGAUACUCACCUGUUUUACUUGUGGGGAAAAGAA